CUAUUCAAAAACUGUCAAUCAAUUUGACUUUUAUUUAAUUCUGCUCCGGAAUAAUUUUACUAAGUCUAGAAAAUGGCGGAGUUUGUAUUACUAAUGCUAGUACGCAUUUUGUUACCGGUGACUUUAAUCAUUGUAUCCCUGGUUCGCCCAGUUGGUUUGUCAUUUGUCUACCUUUUCAUGUUCUUUAUGUCGCCGUGGCUAUUGCAAACCAAGAGUCGUACACAACGUACAAUGUUACAUGCAUAUCUAAUAGUUCUGUGUGUGUUAAGUGUUUUGUUUAUAAUUGGGCAUAUUAUAAUUAAUUUGGUCAAUUUAUUUCAUUUUCGCUUGGCCUUGAGCAUAGAACAAGUUUUCAUUUUGCGUCAAGUUGGCUUUAUCUAUUUUAAGCGACUUCGACUGAUCACCGUUAUGCAGUGGAUACUUCCAGAUAUAUUUAUAUUUAUAUGUACUCUGGCUUUAUUUAUUUUUGCAAAAAUUUCUGCUAAGAAACAGAGAAUGCAUUUUCAAGAUGAAGAAGAGGAAAUUAUUCGGAAGAAUAGGGAAACCAGCGGUAGUUUAAAAAUGGCCGAAAUGAAUCGACUUUUAAUUAUUGUUUAUAUUCGAUCCAUACUCAAAACAUCUCCAAUUUUUUCUCUCAUUGUACUCUACUUCGCUGCUACUUUAAGACCAUCCCUACCCGGAAGCCUAUAUUUUCUGAUGUUCAUUAUAGCUGGGACCUAUUGGGCGAUUUACCGUCAAUUGCACCGCGGAAUGCAUUACCCUCUUAUAUUUAUGGUCAUUGCUCUGUCACUUCAUAUAACAUUUAUUAUUGGCUGUCAAUUGCCAGUAGUACAAAAAUUAAUCAACACCGAUACAAUUUGGUCUCGCAUUAUGGGAAUGGAGAUUUUACUUCGGCUUUCCGAGCAUAACAAUAAUGGAAAAAUAAUCGAGUUUAAUCAGGAAUUGAAUGUGGAUUCAUAUCUAAGCCCAGUAGCUUUGAUGCUGGCCUAUUUUGUAACAACCCUCAACCUUAUUCACCGUGCACAAUAUGAGCUUACUUUUAACAGUAUACGUAUGAACUUAGGACCGAAGCCCAAUGAUAUACCAUCUCAAAAGCAAACCGUACAUGAAAGUAAUGAAUUAAUAUCGCCUAACGCGCAACCAUCAAUGCUGGAACAAUUUUUUUAUAUGCUUUUUGAUAUCACGUCCGUUAUCUAUAAGAAUAGCUACAUUUUGAUGAAUACAAUUAUGAUGAUUUGGUCAAUUGUUUAUCAUAGUUGGCUGACAUUUGUGUUACUCAUUUGGGCAAAUAUUCUUUGGAUGAUACCAAAUCAACGGCGUUCAAUGAUGCGUUCCAGCUUUUUUGUCGUACUUUUUGCCGAGUUCCUAGUGGUUACUCAGUAUAUAUAUGGAAUGAAUAUUUAUGAGGAGGAGUUGCCCACUAAAGUGACGAGUUGUGGCUUUAAUCUGGAACAAAUUGGCUUUGUUCAUCCGCAAAAUAAAGGCAGUCAACCGUGGAUUCCUUUAACAGUGAAGACUGGAUUUCUAUUUACUUUUUGGAUAACAUCUCGUCAGUAUUUCAAGGAAAAAGCUGAGGAUAGGACGCAAAGUGAUCUCCUUCAGCAAAUCUUUGGACCUCAUCACUCACGUUCUGAGCACUUGCUUUUUGAAAAAUCACAAGCACCACGACUCAUCGUAUUUAUUUUCAAAAGUGUUACAAAUUUUAUAACGCGGAUAUGGAUGUGGCUGUUGAUAUUUUUAAUAUUCUUAUGUGCAAUGAUUGAUCGUGUCAUGACUGGUUUUCGGAUUUGCUACAUGUCACUCUUUCUUCUCUUUUUGAUGGUCUUCCAGAUGUCUCUUCAACUUUGGAUUAAAUUUCUCUAUGGAUAUUGGAUGUUUCUUAUUUUCUAUGCGAUGUCAAUACUGACAGUUAUUUAUACAUAUCAAUUCGACAAUUUUGAUUACUAUUGGCACCAGUUUUUAAAUGUGCAGCCAACAUUGCAAAAUGAUAUUGGCCUGCGCCGCUAUCAGACGAAAGAACUGUUUUUACAUCUCCUUAUACCCACAUUAACGGUUAUAUUUACUGUGGUUCAGCUACAUUAUUUUCACCGUCUUUUUAUGGAUUCAGUUCGACGGCCAAAACCAACUGAUCAAAAGAUCCGUGGUUCAAUCAUGACGUUUAACGUAGGAAGUAAUACUCCACAAAAGGUCUUUGAUACAUACAAGCAGUCAUGGAAAGUAUUUUUUUCCGCCGGAUAUAGAAAGCUGCGCUCCAAAGGUCGACGAUGGUUUAGGCCAGGCAAACUGAUUACUUGGGGAUUUUUGGAAAUGCAUAUGAUAAAAGCGGUGAUACUGACGUCAUUCUAUUGUGCUAUUUCCGAAGUUUGCUUUUUUAAUUUCUUUUUAGUUUUACUUUCAUUAAUAAGCGUAUGUGUUAAUCGCUUCUUAAGACGUGUAAUUUUCAGAGUUGUGACAUUUUGGGUUUCGGUGUUGGUUCUCAUGAAAAUGAUUUAUCAAAUAAAGUACCUGGAUCAGAGCCAAUACGAUUACAAAUGUAAAAACAACACUGUAAAUUUUGCGGAAUGGAUGGGCUUAAGCAAAAUGGAUCCAACAUUUAGUUCGCUUUUGCGGUACAUAUCGCCGUAUAUCGUUUAUAUGAUCGUUACUUCAUUGCAUGCAGUUGUUAAGCUCAGGGAUCAUCUUAUACGAUACUCAAUGUUCAAACGCAAAGAGCGCAAAGUAUUGUUUCCAAAAAUAAGUAGACAAGAUGCUGAGCGUGAUUUUGCAGGCCUUAUAAAAUAUCUGUUAAACUAUGGUUAUUUUAAAUUUGGACUAGAGAUUACACUCAUUGGAAUAGUCUCCACUAUUGCUCUUAGGCGCGAUUUGCUUGCACUGACUUAUGCAGUUUGGCUUAUAUUAUUACUUAGCCUGAAUCGAAUGCAAUGUGCACGAAUAUGGGAAAUUUUGCAGCUGUACUUUGUGCUUUCUAUAUUUGUGCAGUACUUAUAUCUUCUUAAUUUUCCACCAAAUCUCUGUGCUGUGUCAUCGAAAGAUUCCCCGUAUGCAAAUUCUACAAAUACUAUUUGGAAAAUGUUGGAUAACUCAACAAAACUUUUCUACAAAUCAAAACUUAUGCUCGAUUUUAUUGUUCUUUUGCUAAUUUCACGGCAGCGUAAAUCGUUUAAGGCCGAAAUUCAUCAUAUUGAUGGCUCAUACCGUGGAGGUGAUAACAAAAACGUAGUAUAUAAUAUAGCAAAGCUUGGACAUGUGUAUUUUGAAAAUCCAACACAUGAUUUUUGUUCAUAUGUGCGAAACUAUGCAGAUGUUUUAAAAACUGCUGUAUUUUGCGGUUUUUUUUGGAUAACACUUGCUAUAGUUUUCAUGGGAGGCGUAUGCAGUAUGGAUAUUCUUUCAUUGGGCUACAUUAUAUUUGCUUUGGUAUUUCUAUUGCAGGGAUCGGAAGUGUACUUGCAAAAUAUUCAUUAUAUUAUCUGUCGCUGGAACUGUCUCAUUGCAUUUAAUAUUUUAAAUAUUGUUGUUAAAGUCAGCAUUAUUGUACUAGAAAAUACAAUCAAGGCAAUAGAUAAGCCAUUUCUAAAUGCCCUUUUUACAGUAUUGCACCAUGAUAGAUCAUUCGCCCUGCAAAAGUCCGAUCAAUAUAACGUAUCUAAUGAGUUUAAUUCAAGAGAUGAAGACUUCCACUAUGGUCCAAAAAAACUUAUCUUCAAGAAUACUUUGGUCUGGCAUGCGAUUAUUUUUGCAUUUAUUAUAUUUCAACAUCGAAUUUUCCGGUCAUACUACUUUUGUCAUAUUAUAAUGGAUACACAAGCUAAUACUAUACUUGCUUCGAGGGGGGCUUCUAUAAUUGAAAACUUGCACUACAAGCAGAUUUAUGACCGUCGUGAAUAUGAGAAGAACGUUUUGGAGAGCGUAAAGGCUAAAAUGGAACGAAUUCGUGCAAGUAAUCGAAAGAAUUUUACAAAAAUUAGCUCCUUAGAUGCACAUAACUUUUCGCCACGUACAUCGAUGCAUGUUCAGUAUAGUGCAGAAGUAAGGAGCGUUUUACAGGACUAUACUGCAAAGCCAGCCAAGCCCAACACCCAUGUUACGGAUAUGUAUUUUACGCGUUCUCCACAGCCUAAGCGCAGGGACUUACGCCUUCAUCCACACGCAGUUCGUACUGGUGAUUACUAUAUGUUCGAAGAGUUUGAUGAUGAUGAUGAUAUGGAUGUAUAUGAAGAAUACGAUUUUCUAGAGAAAGAAGAUUUGCGUGCUCGACAAAUGCGACUACCAUCAAAAUCCAAAACAAAUCCUUUUCGUGAGACUCGUGGGAGUCAAGAAUAUAGCUAUGAAGAAAGCUCAGACUCCGAUUACGAAGACUUUGAUACGCAUCCUGUGAUUAAGCUUACAUCAGAACUAAUUGUCUUAUUGACAUUCAGAUUAAAUCGUCUUUCAAGAAAUUAUCGUUUUGUGCACAAGGUAUUAUCUGCCGAAAAAAAGACACUGCAAGAGAUAAGCACUAUGAAUCGCCUGGGACUGUCAAACACUGCAGCAAUGUUUGAUUUUUUAAAUCAAUCAUUGAAUGAAAAAAUUAGCGCAUCCGGAAAGGAUUCUGGAAUAAAUUUAGUCUCUAAAGGAGAUGAUUUUACCACACUUGACCAUAAUGAUUUUGUGCGAAUGCUAAUUUCUAUGUGGUAUGCUCUUAUAGCUAAUACCCAGGCGAUUUGCUAUUUGGCAGUAUUUAUUAACCAAGCAGCCAAUUCGUCAAUAAUUUCCUUACCGAUGCCAUUUUUGGUUCUUUGCUGGGGUUCUCUUACAUUGCCACGACCAACCAAAACUUUCUGGGUUACUCUUAUUACUUAUACACUGGCUAUGAUAUUUUUUAAAUCCAUAAUGCACCAAAAGAUUGUGCUUGAUCAACAAUUUAUAAAUCGAAAAAAAAACACAGUGAAUUUUGAACUAGUUAUGAAACAUGGAAAUGCUGUUUACGAUCUGCUUCUACUUGUGGUACUCUUCUGGCAUCGAUAUAUGCUGAAAAAGCAAGGCAUUUGGACUAUGCUACGAACAAAUUCAGAAGUCUUAUUGCUUGAAAGAAAUCCCAGCAAAAUAAAACGCACCUAUAGCAAAGAAAAACCGGCAGAUAUAUUGGAGCGUUUACGGCAAGAGGCAGGGGGUGAGCCAAAAGAUCCUCACCGCAGCAGUGGUUCACCAAGUGAAUUCGAUCGAGACAUCGAUGAUGUGCUUCGCCCGAGUAUGGAAAACAAAUAUGUUUAUCAGAACAUUGAAUCAGAGUAUUAUCGCAGAACAAUGCAGCGUUUAGCGCACAAAGGAGGAUUCUUGUCCGCCUUUUAUAAGUUUUUUUCAGGUCUGCGUUACAAAGCCCGUUUAUCAACAGAUGUAUAUACAUUAAUAUUUCUUUGUGAUUUUGUUAACUUUUUUGUGUUGCUUUUUGGUUUUCCGAAGUUUGCGUAUCGACAUAAAUAUACCACCAGUGUUUUGCAGACAUAUAUUCAGGGAAACAAAGUUCCAUUCAGUUUUCUGCUUAUGCUGGUCGUUCAAUUCCUUACAAUCGUAACAGAACGUGCAAUAUAUUUACGAAAGGCACUUAUAUACAAAAUAGUAUUUCAUUUUGUUACUGUUGUUGGGAUACAUAUUUGGAUGUUCUUUUUAGUUCCUUACGUUACAGGACACAGUUUUGGAGAGACAGCCCCUGUUAUAUUUUAUUUGGUAAAAUGUCUUCAUAUGUUAUUAUCUGCCUACCAAAUACGAUGUGGAUACCCUAAGCGCAUAUUGGGCAACGUAUUUACAAAGGGUUAUUCGCUGGUUAACUACGUCGCUUUUAAAAUCUAUAUGGAGAUACCAUUUCUUUACAUCCUACGAACAAUGUUGGACUGGGUAUGCAUUGACACGACUCUCACAGUAAUGGAAUGGAUAAAAAUGGAAGACAUCUUCCAGUCGGUUUUUAUUGUUCGCUGCUAUAGACAAAUGGAUACAGACUUUCCCGUGUUACGGGGCGAGCCCAAGGCAUUAUAUGUCAAACUUUUAGUAGGCGGAACAAUUAUAUUAAUACUUAUAGCCCUUAUAUGGAGUCCCUUGUUUAUUUUUGCACUUAUUGGGACGGUGGGCAAGCCCAAUAUCCCUCGAAGGGCUGACAUAACCGUUAAAAUUGGCCACUAUGAACCAAUAUAUGUAUCUCAAAGCUAUUCUGGCAUACAUCAAUUUUCAGACGCAAAUUAUAAAGAGCUAACCAACAGUUUUUACUUGGAUAAUUAUGCCACUGAUCAUAUAAGGGUGUAUGAUGCAGUCGAUAUAACAGCAAUAAAGUUCGAUGCCAACUCCUUAACUUUGUGGAAUAUGUCCCCCCCCGAUAAAAAACGUUUGUUAAGUGAUUUAAAAAAUGGUAAAAAACUGGAGAUUCGCUUAAAUCUCUCAUUAAAGACUUCAGUUACGACAGAAACUAUUACUACUGAAAUGGCAUAUACCCUAACAAGGGGCAAUAAAAAAAUCAGAGAAAUGCUAAUUAAAAUGAUGUAUGCUACAAACAGCAACGCGAGAGUGAUUAUACCAGAUAUUCUACCAAAGUUCAUUACUGUACAAAAACAGGACGUAAAAAUAAAAUUUAUCAAGGAUUACAAUGGAAAAUAUGCGCGGCCAAUUAUUUUAGAAAAAAAAGAAGAUGAUGGAAAAGUCUGGUGGAAUAUGUACGAUUAUUGCAACGAUAAGUUUUAUACGGAAAUUUUAUCUAGUUUACCACGAAGUGAUUGUGAAGGUGGUGUAGUCUUUUAUAUUUUUAAUGAUAAAUCGUUUCCGAGUACCAUGAGCUUUUUAGAAAAAACUGGGAUUAUUGGACUCUAUACAACAUUUGUGUAUGUAGUUUCCAGAGUUAUACGCUCUCUAAUCGCCAACAAUCACAGACGAAUCAUGUUUGAAGAUUUACCGUACGUUGACCGAGUACUUAAGCUGUGUAACGAUAUAUACCUAGUUCGAGAAACACAGGAGUAUCGGCUUGAAGAAGAUUUGUAUGGAAAAUUGUUAUUUUUGUACCGAUCUCCAGAAACACUCAUAAAAUGGACGCGAUUUAAGGAAGAUUUACCAGAUGAUAUAUCGACGUCCCAGCUAAGUAUGGGAAAGAGUAAAUCCUCCAUUAAUGAUGAUGAUUCGGUACAAACUUCUACGUCAACUCAGAAACGUCCGUAAAUGCAUUAUUGUCAAACAAGUUUAAACAGGAGCACAGUUUUUAAUUCUGGAAAAACACGCAAUAUACAUAUAUUUUCUUUUGGACAUGAGUCUUUAAUUUUAAAUACAGUUGUUGGUUAUAAUAAUUUA